AUGGCCAGGACCGGAGCGUUUUCGGAGCCCGAGCACUCGGCCGAGUACUCGGCCGACUGCUCGGUGAGCCUGCCGUCGGACCCGGAGCGCGCCGGGGGCCGGGGCCGCGACGUGACGGUGCGCAGCUCGGGGCCCUGCCUCUGCCUGCCCCGCUUCAUGCGCCUCACCUUCGCGCCCGACUCCCUGGAGAACCUCUACCAGACCUACUUCCGCCGCCAGCGCCACGACACCCUCCUGGUGCUGGUGGUCUUCGCCGCGCUCUUCGACUGCUACGUGCUGGCCACGUGCGCGGCGGCGGCGGCGGCGGAGCGGCGGGCGCCGGCGCUGGCGGCGGCGGCCGGGCUGGCGGCCCAGGCGCUGCUCUUCGCCCUCUGCAAGCGGCGGCUGCUGCCCGCGCGCCUGGCGCGCCGCUUCCUGCCCUACGUCCUCUGGGCGCUCAUCCUGGCCCAGAUCUUCUGCUACCUGGGCCUCAGCUUCGCCCGCCUCCCCGAGGCCGGCGACACGGUGGGCUGGCAGGCCUUCUUCGUCUUCUCCUUCUUCAUCACGCUGCCGCUGCGCCUCGCGCCCAUCGUGCUCCUCACCGCCGUCUCCUGCGGCGUCCACACGCUGGUGCUGGGCGUCACCGUGGCCCAGCAGCGCCCGGACGCCCUGGACCGCGGCGUCCUGCUGCGACAGAUCCUGUCCAACGUUGCCAUCUACCUGUGCGCCAUCACGGUGGGCACCAUGUCCUACUACAUGGCCGACCGCAAGCACCGCAAGGCCUUCCUCGAAGCGCGGCAGUCGCUCGAGGUCAAGCUCAACCUGGAGGAGCAGAGCCAGCAGCAGGAGCGCCUGAUGCUCUCCAUCCUGCCCAAGCACGUGGCGGACGAGAUGCUGAAGGACAUGAAGAAGGACCCGAGCCAGAAGGAGCUGCAGCAGUUCAACACCAUGUACAUGUACCGGCACGAGAACGUGAGCAUCCUCUUCGCCGACAUCGUGGGCUUCACCCAGCUCUCGUCGUCCUGCAGCGCCCAGGAGCUGGUGAAGCUGCUCAACGAGCUCUUCGCCCGCUUCGACAAGCUGGCGGCGAGGCACCACCAGCUGCGCAUCAAGAUCCUCGGCGACUGCUACUACUGCAUCUGCGGGCUGCCCGACUACCGCGAGGACCACGCCGUCUGCUCCAUCAUGAUGGGGCUGGCCAUGGUGGAGGCCAUCUCCUACGUGCGCGAGAAGACGCGGACGGCAGUGGACAUGCGCGUCGGGGUGCACAGCGGCACGGUGCUGGGCGGCGUGCUGGGCCAGAAGCGCUGGCAGUACGACGUGUGGUCCACGGACGUCACCGUGGCCAACAAGAUGGAGGCGGGCGGCAUCCCGGGGCGCGUGCACAUCUCGCAGAGCACCGUGGACUGCCUGCGGGGCGAGUUCGAGGUGGAGCCGGGCGAGGGCGGCUCGCGCUGCGACUACCUGAAGGAGAAGGGCAUCGUCACCUACCUGGUGGUGGUGCCCAAGACGACGGCGGCGGCGGCGCGCGGCGGCAUCAACGGGGUGGUGAGCGGGGCGGGGGGCGGCUGCGCCGGCGGCCCGGCCUCGCCGCGGGCCCCGGCUUCGCCGCUCGCCCUCGCCGCCGAGCCCCCCGGCAGCGGCGGCGGCGGCCCCGAGGAGGAAGCCGAGGCGGCGAAACCCUCCUUCCCCAACCCGCGGCGGCGGCUGCGGCUCCGCGACUUGGCCGAGCGGGUCAUCGACGCCUCGCAGAACGAGCAGGAGCUCAACGAGCUGCUCAACGAAGCCCUGCUGGAGCGCGAGUCCGCGCAGGCGUCGAAGGGGAAGAGCACGUUCCGCCUCUCCAUGCGCUUCGUGGACCCCGAGAUGGAGACGCGCUACUCGGUGGAGAAGGAGAAGCAGAGCGGCGCGGCCUUCAGCUGCUCCUGCGUGGUCCUCUUCUUCACCGCCCUGGUGGAGAUCUGCAUCGACCCCUGGCUGGUGGCCAACUACGUGACCUUCGUGGUGGGGGAGGUCUUGCUGCUCGUCCUGACCGUCUGCUCGCUGGCGGCGAUUUUCCCCAGGGUCUUUCCCAAAAAACUCGUGGCCUUUUCCACGUGGAUCGACCGGACCCGCUGGGCGCGCAACACCUGGGCCAUGGCGGCGAUCGUCAUCGUGACCACGGCGGACAUCGUGGACAUGCUCAGCUGCCAGCAGGUCUACGCCGCGUUCGGCAACGGGACGGCGCCGCGGUCAGGCGGCUGCGGCGAGCAGCCCAAGUACUACAGCUACAUCGCCGUGUUGGCCCUGGUGGCCACCAUCAUGCUGGUGCAGGUCAGCCACAUGGUCAAGCUGACCCUCAUGGUGCUCAUCACCGCGGCGGCCGGCACCGUCAACAUCUACGCCUGGGAGCACCUCUUCGACCAGUACGACCGGCGGCGGGGCCAGCACGGCGCCGUGGGGACGGCCAGGCCCACCGCUCGCGGCCCACCCACGCCUUGCCGGCGUCUCCCCGGCAGGGCCACGCCUGUGCCCUCCAAGUACUCCAUGACAGCGAUGAUCUUCGUGGUGAUGCUCAGCUUCUACUACUUCUCCCGCCAUGUGGAGAAGCUGGCCAGGACCCUCUUCCUCUGGAAGAUCGACGUCCACGACCAGAAGGAGCGGGUCUACGAGAUGAGGCGCUGGAACGAGGCCCUUGUCACCAAUAUGCUGCCCGAGCACGUGGCCCGGCACUUCCUGGGCUCCAAGAAGCGGGAUGAGGAGCUCUACAGCCAGUCCUACGACGAGAUCGGCGUCAUGUUCGCCUCCCUCCCCAACUUCGCCGACUUUUACACGGAGGAGAGCAUCAACAACGGAGGGAUCGAGUGCCUGCGGUUCCUCAACGAGAUCAUCUCCGACUUCGAUGCGCUCCUGGAUGAGCCCCAGUUCCGGUGCAUCACCAAGAUCAAAACCAUCGGCAGCACCUACAUGGCCGCUUCCGGAGUGACCCCCGAUGCCAACGCCAAUGGCUACAACACCAAGAAGGAGACCCUCUCGGAAAAGGAGCGCUGGCAGCACUUAGCUGAUCUGGCCGACUUUGCCUUAGCCAUGAAGGUGACGCUGAUGAACAUUAACUACCAGUCCUUCAACAACUUCAUGCUCCGAAUAGGCAUGAACAAGGGGGCCGUGCUGGCGGGAGUGAUCGGCGCCCGCAAGCCGCACUACGACAUCUGGGGCAACACGGUCAACGUGGCCAGCAGGAUGGAGUCCACCGGCGUGAUGGGGAACAUACAGGUGGUGGAGGAGACCCACCUCAUCCUGAAGGAGUACGGCUUCCGCUUCGUGCGCCGCGGGGCCAUCUACGUCAAGGGCAAAGGCGAGCUGCUCACCUUCUUCCUCAAGGGCCGGGAGAAGCAGGGCUCCUUCGUCAACGGCUCCUCCAUCACCCUGCCCCACCAGGUGGUGGACAGCUCGUGAGGGCCCAGGCGUCCUGCACCUGCUAGGGACCACAGCCACCGGCUCCCCGGCACGGAGGGGAGCCGGCUCCGAGCGCCUGCCGCUCGCCCGACGUCCGGACGGGAAACCCGGCUCCAGGACCCAACCUGCCCCCUCCCUCCUUUCC